AUGCACUGUUCUAGGACGCGGUUGACAACAGCGCGCAACGAUUUGGCAUCGAGCGGGAGAGCAAGCCUGAGCGGGGGGGAAUUGCAGAACUUCUGGCAAAGGAGGAGAAUUACCAAACAACUCACCACACGCGCAAUAAUGCAAUCAACAAGCAUCCUGCCCGUGAUACCUAAGCACAGCGACAAAACUGAAUUGGACGUGGGCCGACAAGAAAUUUCGAAUGGCGAGGCCGGCGUGUGGGCUGUAAACAUUGAUGCGCCGGCAGCAGCGCUCUUGCGCCCGGCCAGCGACGGCAAGCGGAAGGAAGUCAGGCUUAGGAGCCAACUCGAGAUUUGGGCUCCGGACUUCCUCGACAAGAAUGAGUUUGAGCUUGGGGCCGCUGGGCAACGAGGUCCGAAGGGCGUCGUCAAGGACACCGCCCGUUUCAACAGGCUUGCUUGGGGAGGUUCGCGUGGCGUCAUCGCAGCCGGCCUGGAGAACGGCGAGCUUGCAUUAUGGGACCCCGCAAAGAUUCUUGCAGGCGCCCGACGAGUAAGAUUUGCACUUAUUUUGCGCAAUUCUAUUCAUACUGGACCGAUACGUGGCCUUGAUUUUAACCCCAUCCAGACGAGCUUGCCCGCGUCCGGUGCCGUCAGUGGCGAGGUCUCAUUUGGACUUGAACUCACCGGCGAAGCCAUACACGCCAACCCCCGACAGGUCCAAUAUGUUCUCGCUGGCGCGAGCAGCACUGGCAACACAGUCGUCUGGGAUUUACGUGGCAAACGCGAAGUCGUGGCUCUCGCUUAUGGCGCAGGUGGAGCUGGCGGAAUGAGCGAUAUCAAAUGGCACCCAGACAACGCGACGCGUCUCGUAACCUCACAUGAAGACAACCAGUCGCCCAUGAUCAUGCUCUGGGACCUUCGCAAUGCUCGUGCUCCGGAGAAGAUCUUGACUGGUCAUGAAAAGGGAAUUCUUUCGCUGUCUUGGUGCGCCCAGGACGCAGACCUUCUGUCCUGCGGCAAGGACAAUAGGACUCUCUGCUGGAACCCUCAAACAGGCGAUGCUUUGGACCUUCUUGCCGCCGCGUUUUUCGAUGGGACUAUCGGAAUCCAUUCGCUUCAAGGCACGAACGAGUCUGCUGCCGAUUCUGCCACCCAGGUUGCCGCUCACGCUGCCUCCGGUGCCGAUAUCUUCGAUUUACAACCUGGAGGAACUGCUACCAGCGCUGCUGGUACCCUUUCUCUUUCCCAGCCACCCAAGUGGUUCCGUCGCUCUGUUUCCGCCUCGUUCGGUUUUGGCGGGAAGCUUGUCAGCGUGGCGAAUCUCCCUGGUGCCUCCGGGAAGCAUCAAAGCGGCUCAGUUCACCUGCGGACUGUCCACGUUGAACAGGAUAUCGAUGUUGUCGAUCGUGUCCAAGGUCUACGGGAAGCCCUCGACAAGGACAAAGCGCGGCCGUCGCGGACUGGGCACACGAACAACUCGCGGGAAGAACUUAUCACUCUGCUUGGUUUCGAAAAGGCAGAGGUUGAGCGCAAAGUUCGGGAGGCUGUCGACUCGCUGGCAUUAACGACAAUCUGA